CCCCCUGAAGGCUGCUUGCUCAUUCACCCCAUCCAGCCUUCGUCGGUGGGGAGACGACGGGUGCACGCCUUGCCUUGCCGUUCCCUUGUCAUCGGCAAGGCGGGUACGAGGUGUUUCCGAAGAGACUAGUUUAUUCGCGGCGUCAACCUGCAGUGCGUUCAGCUACGCCCGGACUUGCUCUGCGCAGACAGCCUUGUUCAUCAGAACAAGGUCUGCGAGUCCCGAUUUUUUUAAUCUACUGAGAUGAGAGACCGGAAUCGUGAAUGCCGGAACAUUUAAGUUAUUUUGCGUGACGCGCACCCGUGGCAUAGCAGCAAGGCCAAUCAUCGAUGCAUCUGGGAUUACUUGGUCAGCCGACCGGCCGACGCUGUUUCAGUCUGAGUUAGAGCUCUCCUCGUUUUCUCACGCUUGUGUUGAAAGGUCGCCGUUAUUUCGCCUUUGAGUUGAGGAUUCGUCGUUUCUUCACUGCAAGGAACCCGCGGAACUGGAGCCUUGGUGAUUUGGGUAUUCACUUGAGAGGUCGAUUCUCCGUUGUUAUCUUCUUACGAGGAUCAGCGUUGCUUCACUCUGAGUCAGAAGCUCGUCGUUCGUCCACUUUAAGUUACUUUACAACGAAAAGGAACCCGCGGAGUCUCCUCUCUUCCCGUUCCCGUACGCCUCGCGUUUCCGCCUACUCGCUUCGCGAGAUGCUCGUCAUGCGAUCGGCGCGCUCGUCGUCGCCAGCCGUUCUCGCAUGGCCGCUGCUGGUCGCAGCUGUGGUCGUCGCAGGAAUCGCUGGGCGACAGCCGAGCGUGCUGGUGGUCGCAGAACCGAUGAUUGAUCCGUCGCAAGCGCCUGCGCUGGCGGCGCUGAUGGCGGCAUGGAACCUGACGGGGUACGCGGAGUGGCCGGGGGGGGAUUGCGCCCUGGCGGACGCCAUUGAGUGCGACGCAGCGGGGAGAGUCACCACCAUAUACCUGGCAUGGAGCCAGCUCACAGGGCCCAUACCGCCUGCUAUCGGUUCUCUCACUGCCCUCCGGCACCUUGAUCUCAGCUCGAACUUUCUCUCUGGCUCUCUUCCCUCCUCCAUCGGCAACCUUACAGACCUCACUUACCUCGACCUCGCCUCUGACUUCCCCCUGAACGAGGAGGCAGCGUUCAACGGCAAUCAGUUUUCAGGGCCCAUCCCCGCCUCCCUGGGCAACCUCAUCAGCCUCCAAUAUCUCAAUCUGAGCAGCAACUGGUUCACAGGACCCGUGCCUGCAGGCAUUGGCGCGCUCACCAACCUCAAGUUUCUAUCUCUCUUCAACAACUCCCUCUCUGGCGCCCUCCCUUCCUCAGUCGGCGCUCUCGACUCCCUCACCUACUUUGACGUCAGCUCUGACCUCAGCGUGAAGGGCAAGGCCAAUCAGCUGUCAGGCCCCAUUCCACCUGAGAUUGGAGGCAUGACCCGUCUCUCAUACCUCAACUUGAGUGGCAACGCUCUUUCUGGCUCGCUCCCGACCAACAUCAGCAAGCUCUUCUUUUGUGAAUCUCUGGACCUGAGCCACAACCAGGUGAAUGGUUCUCUCAUCUAUGACCUGGGCUUCCUCAACGCCCUCACCCACCUGUCCCUGCAGUCCAACCAGCUCACUGGAACCAUCCCUGACACCUUGGGCUACCUCUUCCGACUAUCCUACCUUGACCUGAGAUACAACGCGCUCACAGGGCCUAUCCCUGCAACCUUUGGUCAAAUGAUGGACCUUAUUGAGCUGCAAGUGGAUCCACCAGCAGCGACGUGCCCUGGUGGGUUGGGCAGCAGCUGCGUGGUUUGGCAGAGCGGCCUCUCUGCCUUCUGCUCGGUCUGUGCUCAGUUCUGCAGCGAGUGCAACCCUGCUGGAGUGAGUGCACCCCCACCAGUCGUCUUCCCUCCACUCGAAGCCCCUGCUUCCGGUCCAACCCUGGGCAUGCCCCCGUUUGCUCUUCCCCCUGCCUUCCCGCCGCUUCUCCCCCCACUCCUGUCUCCUGAAGCAGCUCCCCCUCUCUUCACACCUCCCCCUCUCCCACCGCCACUGCCCCAGCCUGCUCCUGCUCCUGCUCCUGCUCCUGCUACGCCCCUCCCUCCCCUGCCUCCUGCUCUCACUUCACCACCUCCACCAUUACCCUCAGCUCUCCCACCCCCUCCUCCUCCUGCUCCUCCUCCUGCUCCUCCUCCUGCACCUUCUCCUGUUGCUGCCCCUGCACCCUCACCCACGCCUUCCCCCUCCCCUUCUCCCUCCCCUUCACUAUCACCAUCACCAUCACCAUCCCCAUCGCCAUCCCCAUCCCCCCAAGCAUCGCCCAAUGUUGCUCCAGCCCCAUCCACCUCCACCCCAUCCCCGUCAUCCCAACCAGCACCAUCCCCAUCACCCUCGUCGGCACAACCCCCUUUCUCUCCUCCCUCUCCUCCUCCCGCUCCUGUCUCUGCACCUAGUCCACCCUCUGCUUCGCCAUCUCCCUCUUCUCUUUCCACCAGCAAGCCAGGCAGCCAUUUGGGCCCGUGUUUUGUGCCUCUGCUGGCGUGGGUGCUUGUGGCUCUUAUUCAGGGUUAAGUUAUUGGCAAACAAUGGUUCGUUAUGUACAACACACAUGGACAUGUUUCUCUUUGCCCUACCUCAAACGUCCUGUUUGAGUUAUCUUGAUUGUGGGUUGUAACAUUGCCCCAACG